AACAAUUUCAGCUGCAUCUUGCAUAUGCUCAACGAUCUCAAGCUCGGAAUGGAAUGUUAAGUUACCCGGAACAGCGCACUAGUGCUGUAAAGACCAGUGGAUUUGAUUUCAAAGUCCGGUCACGGACUUACGGUCAACCUUCGACGAUCCGUUGCACCGUAUCAUGUCACACUAAGUCCACCACUUAUCAUUAUCAUUUUUUAUUUGCAAGAGCUGGGCAACGCAAGAUUCGACCGCUCAUACCGUCCUAACGAGCUCAUAAUAACGUAUCAUGACUGUAUGCACAGAUUGCGGAGGGACUGUUAUUGAGUACGAUGCAGCUGCCGGUAAUGGCUUUUGUGUCAAAUGCGGAACGGUGGUGGAGGAGAACACCAUAGUUUCAGAGGUCACUUUUGGAGAAACCUCUGCUGGCGCGGCCAUGGUUCAGGGAUCAUACGUCGGUCAGGGUUCAACACAUGCUCGCAUGUCAGGUCCAUUUGGUAAUAGAGGAAGUAAUGAGUCCCGCGAGCAAACUAUCGCGAAUGCUAGCAGAAAGAUUCAGAACUUUGCUGGCGCUCUGCGUUUAUCUGAAAUUGUUUGUCUUGCGGCAACGCGUCUUUACACCCUCGCCGUUGAACACAAGUUUACUAAGGGUCGCAAAAGCAAUAAUGUCGCUGCUGUCUGUCUAUAUGUCGCCUGUCGACAAAAAGAGACACGUAAUUAUAUGCUUAUAGACUUCUCUGAUCUUCUACAGGUCAAUGUCUUCGAGCUGGGCCACAUAUACCUCCAACUCGUUCAGACUUUAAAUUUAAAGCUCCCUCUCGUCGACCCUUCUCAUUACAUCUCCCGUUUCGCAGCGUUGCUCGAGUUUGGCGAAGAAACCCAUAAAGUUGCCACUGAUGCCGUUCGACUUGUACAACGUUUUGACCGUGAUUGGGUCACUCGGGGCCGUCGCCCAGCAGGAAUUUGUGGUGCGGCGCUCCUCCUUGCUGCCCGCAUGAAUAACUUCCGGCGUUCAGUCGAGGAGAUUGUACAAGUGGUGAAGAUCGCUGAUACCACACUAAAGAAACGAUUAGAUGAAUUCAAGAAGACUCCUAGCGGAGGUCUUACGCUUGCCGACUUCAGGACGGUGUGGCUAGAUGACGAGAUGGAUCCUCCUGCCUUCACAAAAGGAAAGGAGAAAGAAGAGAAAGAGCGGGAAGAGGCUCUUGGUGGGCCGAAAGACAAACCCAAGACCCACAAGCGGAAAGGCAAACGGAAAAGGAGAGGUAGCGAAUCUGAGGGGGAACGGGUGGAACUGGCACCGCCCGUGGAGGAGAUCCUACCUCAGAUACCCAUCAUUGACCCAGCCUUGUUCAAUCAGGGUAUCCUUUCCGGAACAUCUGAGCCGGCGCCGCUGUUUUACCCGGACGAAACCGAGGAAGUCUAUGCCAAUAUUGAUCCCGCUUUACGACCGGCGUCAAAUGUGAUAGCUCCCGGACUUGAUUCAUCAACAGUGGCUGCCAUCGAUGAAACUGUUGAUCAGGCCCUCGCUGAUGAAGUUGCUAGUUUCUUGCAAAAUACGCAGGGCUCACUUCUUCUUGACGCUCUGGACGAAGCUGAGCAGCGCCGACAGGCCCAGUUUGUCGAAGUCGAUGAUUUGCUAGGAUUGGAUGAGGACGAGCUUGACAAAUUUCUCCUCACCGAAGAGGAGGUAAAAGUCAAGGAACGCGUCUGGGUGGAGAUAAACCGGGAUUAUUUGGAGGCGUUAGCUGCCAAGGGCGAACCAGCUGAUGUCAAUCAACCUAAAAGUCGGAAGCGUCGCAAAACCAGCACGAAACCGCGUGACGACUCAAUUCCGUCUGGAAAUACAGCAGCCGAAUCAGUGCGGAAUCUCAUCAAGAAAAAUUACAAGUACAGUAAACGGAUCAAUUACGAUGCACUCAAGGACCUUUUUGUUGAUGGACCACAAGCUCCAUCCCUCGAUGACAAGGACAAUUUAUAUACUAUGGAUGAUAAGAGCGACGGAGAAGGCAUGAUAGUUCUUGAGGAAGACGGAGGGGGCAUUGGAAGUCAACGACCAGCGCCCCGACCGCGUCGAGAAGAACAAGGUGAGGAAGGAGAGGAUGACGAGAGUGAAAAAGGCGACGAUCAUGUCACUGAUGUGGGAUGGGAAGAUGCGUACGAGCAAGAAGUCUAAAUGAUCAGAUAUCCUUCACCUAGUGUCAAGGAUCUGCAUGCUCGUCGUAGAUGUGUGCAAGAAUCCAAAUAAUACAUGUACCUCUGUAUUGUAAAAUAAACGUAAGUCGUCCAAGUAGCAGACGUUUUGAAUGUGGUCUAGGGGGGUUCCAUGGGACGCAUCUAACAUGCUAAAAGUGCAAGCGAAAGGAAGAAACAGACUAGAUAUCCUGCUGCUCUAUGAUGGUGCAGUCUGUUGUUCCUUGGCCUCCCA